AGGAAGCAGGUCAGAUGCAACAAACACCCACACAACCCAAACCUGCUGGAGGAGAAGACCAACGAUGUUAAUAUCUGUAUUUCUUAUUCUGUUACUCUCAGGAUUUUUUGAUAUAGGAAGGAGUGUAGCACCCAGCCAAGUGGCAGCAAAAGAUGACGAGAUAAUAAAUCAGAUUAAGGGCACAAACCAGGCCCUGGCUGAAAUUAAGGAACUUCUAAAACAACAGAUUGAGGAGAUUGUGUUUCUAAAAAACACUGUUAUGGAGUGUGAAGCCUGCGCCAUGCGCACAGAAGAUCCAGUUGAAAAACCAUCCUGUGAUCCCAAUCCCUGCUACCGAGGAGUGACUUGUACCGAGACAGUGAAUGGUAUCAGAUGCGGGCCAUGUCCUCAAGGCAUGGAGGGCAACGGCACACACUGCGAAGACAUCGACGAGUGCUCGGUGAAACCAUGCCAUAUGGGUGUACGAUGCAUCAACACAUCUCCUGGUUUCCGGUGUGGUCAAUGUCCUGCUGGUUAUGAAGGUCCCCAGGUGCAGGGUUUCGGACUUGACUAUGCCAUAGCCAACAAACAGGUUUGCCGAGACAUAAAUGAGUGUGAAAUCUCAAAUGGCGGCUGUGUGGAGAAUUCCAUCUGUUUAAACACAGCGGGGUCUUUCCGGUGCAGCCACUGCAAGCCAGGCUUCAUAGGAGACCAGACACAGGGCUGUAAGCCUGAGAGGGCAUGUGGGAAUGGGCAACCCAACCCUUGUCAUGCGAGUGCUGAGUGUAUCACCCAUCGGGAUGGCAGUAUUGAGUGUGUUUGUGGAGUUGGUAUGGCUGGCAAUGGAUACAUGUGCGGAACUGAUACAGAUAUUGAUGGCUUCCCUGAUGAAAAACUACUUUGCUCUGACAGAAACUGUGCUAAGGAUAACUGUCUCACAAUACCCAACUCUGGCCAAGAAGAUGCUGAUAAGGAUGGCAUUGGAGAUACUUGCGAUGAAGACGCAGAUGGGGAUGGAAUCCUGAAUACUGAGGACAACUGUGUGCUUGUGCCAAAUGUAAACCAGAAGAACACUGACCAAGAUGAUUAUGGAGAUGCUUGUGAUAACUGUCGCUUAAUGAAAAACAACGACCAAAGGGACACUGACAAUGAUGGCGACGGUGACGAAUGCGAUGAUGACGUUGACGGUGAUGGCAUAAAAAAUGACAAGGACAAUUGCGUGAAGGUUCCAAACGCUGACCAGAUCGAUCGAGACGGAGAUAAUGUUGGUGACGCAUGUGACAGUUGUCCUUACAUUCGCAAUCCUGACCAGAUGGAUGCUGAUAAUGAUUUGAUUGGUGAUCCUUGUGACACCAACAAAGACAGUGAUGGAGAUGGUCAUCAGGACUCACGCGACAACUGUCCCGCGGUCAUAAACAGUUCUCAGUUGGACACAGACAAAGACGGCAAAGGGGACGAGUGUGAUGACGACGACGACAAUGAUGGCAUUCCUGACCUCCUUCCUCCGGGACCAGAUAACUGCAGACUCAUUCCCAACCCUCUACAGGAAGAUUGGGAUGGAGACGGAAUUGGAAACGUCUGUGAAAAGGACUUUGACAAUGACACAAUCAUAGACCAAAUUGAUGUGUGCCCUGAAAACACAGAGGUCACCCUUACAGACUUCAGGGCCUACCAGACUGUGGUUCUGGACCCAGAAGGAGAUGCACAAAUUGACCCAAACUGGGUGGUGCUUAAUCAGGGACGAGAGAUCAUUCAAACCAUGAACAGUGACCCUGGACUAGCUGUUGGUUACACUGCAUUCAAUGGUGUGGACUUUGAAGGGACAUUUCAUGUAAAUACGGUAACGGAUGACGAUUAUGCUGGGUUUAUCUUUGGCUAUCAGGACAGCUCCAGUUUUUACGUAGUCAUGUGGAAGCAGGUGGAGCAGAUCUACUGGCAAGCGAAUCCUUUUCGAGCUGUGGCUGAACCAGGAAUCCAACUCAAGGCCGUGAAAUCGGAGACAGGGCCAGGAGAGAAUCUGCGAAACUCGCUGUGGCACACAGGUGAUACCUCCAACCAGGUGAAGCUGCUGUGGAAAGAUCCGAGAAACGUGGGCUGGAAGGACAAAACUUCUUAUCGUUGGUUCCUGCAGCACAGACCCCAUGACGGGUACAUCAGGGUUAGGUUCUAUGAAGGCCCCAAGAUGGUUGCAGACACAGGAAUCAUUAUUGACACGACCAUGAGAGGAGGCAGACUUGGAGUGUUCUGCUUCUCACAGGAGAACAUCAUCUGGGCCAACCUGCGCUACCGAUGCAAUGAUACCAUCCCGGAGGACUUCGACACGUACAAGUCCCAACAAACCCAUCUUCAUAUUUAAUCUCCACGUCGUUUUGUCCAUGACUUCGACCAGCGCUUUUCAAAAUGGGAUUUGGAGACCUCUAGGGGUCAGAGAAGCAUUGCAGGCGGUCCAUGAUUUUUUUUUUUUGUCUAAUUUUAGUUACCGUGCUGGAAAUCACAACCUACCAUGAGGUUAUUAUUGUUCAACAUUCCUUGAAGGCAUUAAAAAGUGUGCGACUGGUAACCUGAACAGGUUUAUUCCGAACCUCAAUAACUCCAAAAACAAGUAGACCUAUAGAUAAUGUCAGAUAAUGUCCUAAUGUGUCCAGUUAAUGGAAAGUUCGUUGAAUAGAAGCUCUAAAGUUUGUAUAAAUAAAUAAAAAUACUGAUUGUACACCUUUAAAACUAUGCUUAUAUGUUUUCCAUUGAAUUUCUUUUACAGUAAAAGAACAGUAGAACUGUACAUAACAUGAACGCUGUAUUCCAGAUGCAUACUGACAUAAAUUCACAGUCACGCAUUUUCUUUACCGCUCAACCCUUACAAAGGUAAUGUUCAAUAGCUACUGCGUUUGAGUGUAUUCAUUACUGUCCUGGCAGAUUUUACAUUUGCUACUUCACAACCAACCACUAAAUCACAAUCACAGCUGUUUAAAUGUAUAUAUUUUAAAAACCACAUACAGAAAUACAGGUUACAAAAUAUAAAUGAUGUCAUAAGAACGAUCUGAUAUAUGCAGCUGAGACAUCAUGCACAUCCAUAGUUAGCAUACUUUUUGAAAACGGCGGCAAAAAAAAAAAAAACAACCAACAAACAAACAAACAAAAAACAUCCAUGAAACGAUCACUUGAGACUUAUGUACAGAGAGAAAGUGGCCUUCUACGACCAUCCUCCACAAACAUGAGUCAGGAUAUGGACCACGCCAGAAAGUCUAUACAGUUACAUGAGCUCUACACUUAUAAAUAAAAGGAUUUUCUUUUUUGUUUGUUUUGAGGGAAAACACCUGUCAAAAGUGUCUCCAUAUGCAGCCGGGUAAAGCACCAGCCCAUGAUGGAUUUUUUUUUCCACUGAAGUGUAUUUAAAAUGCAUAUAAACAGCACUGUUUGUGUUCAGACUGCAGAUUUGUUUAUUGUAUAUUCUUGAAUGUAUUUUUUAGACCGAUUUCAGUUUUCACACCAGCUCUGGUAAUAUCAUUAGAUGGAAUAAAAUGCUCUUUAAUAAGUAAAAUAAAUGCAAAUGGCACUUA